CAUGCAAAGAACAAAGAUGGCCGUUGGAAGCGCGUCAUAAAUACGUACUGACGUUGUUUAUAUUUGCGCUUACUUACAUUAUUUAAUAUUUACCAGCAUACUUUCAUUUUGUGAUCGUGUAGAAUAUAAUGUUACUGUAUAAUUCGUUGUAAAUUAACUGUUGGAUUACUAUAAUGUUUUGAAAUUUACACACGGAACGAUGUCAAACAACACUGUCGGCUCGUCGGGGCCUGCUCCCGGCAAAAUACGUGGACCUGGAAGACCUCCAAAACGCACAUGCACCUGGUGCGCUGAAAGUAAAACACCUCUAAAGUAUGUACUUCCAACAGAGAAUGGCAAGAAAGAAUUUUGUUCUGAAACGUGUUUGUCUGAAUUCAGACAGGCAUACAGCAAAGGCGCCUGUCUUCACUGUGACAAUGUUAUUCGGGGUAAUGCGCCUUCUAGUAGUAAGAAUUUUUGUUCUACAUAUUGUUUAAAUAAAUACCAAAAGAAAAAUGAAAAGCGAACUACGUCCCCGCAAUCAGGUAAUGGAGCUAAUGGUUCAGAAAAUAACUCUAAUAACAAUUCUACGGGUUCAUUUUACGACAUAUAUCAAGCAUUUGAUUGGAAUGAUUAUAUGAAAGACACAAACAGUGUGGCGGCGAAUCAAGAAUGUUUCAAACAGGCUCCCAUGCCUCCUGUAAAUGACUUCAAAGUGAGCAUGAAAUUAGAGGCUCUAGAUCCACGCAACUUGACAUCGACCUGCAUUGCAACAGUUGUAGGAGUCCUGGGUCCACGCUUAAGGUUAAGGCUAGAUGGCAGUGAUAAUAAAAAUGAUUUUUGGCGUCUUGUUGAUGCUGGUGACAUACAUCCCAUAGGACACUGUGAAAAAAAUGAUGGUAUGUUGCAGCCACCACUUGGUUUUCGUAUGAAUGCAAGUAGUUGGCCGAUGUUUUUGUUAAAAACAUUGAAUGGUGCAGAAAUGGCUCCAGCAAAAGUUUUUCAACCUGAACCUCCAACCCCUAAGUCAAAUCUGUUUGUUGUGGGUCAAAAAUUGGAGGCUGUGGAUAAGAAAAAUCCACAGUUAAUAUGUUGUGCGACAGUUGGUGCAGUGAAGAAUGAUCAGAUACAUGUAACUUUUGAUGGAUGGAGAGGAGCAUUUGAUUAUUGGUGUAGAUACGAUUCAAGAGAUAUAUUUCCGGUUGGUUGGUGUGCUAGGGCUGGUCAUCCUCUACAACCACCUGGUCAAAAAAGUGCUACUACACCCUCAAGGUUCAAGCUAAGGCCUAGUGGAAUGCCUAACCCAGCUUUGCCUGAGGGUGGAUCUACUGGUGCCGGGAACUCAAACAGUCCUACUACCCCCAUCCCAUUGGCCACUGUGUGCCUGCGUAUUCGUAGCAGUUGCUCUGGAGGCAGCAGUUCCUUGCCAAGUUCAGUUUCUGGGUCAGGACCCACUGGAGCCGCUGAAAGUUUAGUAAAGGAAUUGCUCAGUGUACAUCCAGAUCCUCAAAGGUUAACAAGAGCAAUACUCACAGCAUCUAGUAGCUAUUCUAAUGUUAAUAAUGUACAGAUUUCAUCAGGAAGUAAAAAUUAUUCUGUCAAAGUUCCUUCAGAGUUGACUGCAGAUGAACUUAAAAAUUGGUUAAAAGGAGUGUGUAAUGGAGUUGGGUGUUGUGUUGGGAUGAUAGACAUAGACUCAGGGGAGGCUGCAGGUCGGCCUUGCACCUUAUGUGGCGAGUCAACAUCAAAUAAUGUUACUACAGGUGUCAAAAGACCAAAAACUGAGGAAAGUGAUGGCACUAAUGUGAAUGGGUCUGGUGAGUGCUCGAGUGGAAAGCUGGCUCGCGUGUCCCCGGAGCGGCCAGAGCCGGCGUCGUCCACUACGGGGGCGCCGCCGCCACCUUCGCCGUCCUCUCCACCCGCUGACUGGUCUGUGGAAGACGUCAUUGGUUUUAUUGCAGCCGCUGAUCAGGCAUUAGCCGCCCAUGCUGAUUUAUUUAGGAAACAUGAAAUUGACGGCAAGGCGUUGUUGCUAUUGAAUUCGGACAUGAUGAUGAAGUACAUGGGCUUAAAAUUGGGACCUGCACUAAAAAUCUGUAACUUGGUAUCUAAAAUAAAAAAUCGGCGACAUUAUAGCACCUAGCCAUGUAGGUAUUUAAAUUUAUAAACAUAAUGCGCUCUUAGAGUGUGAAACUAUAAGUUUCUUAGUUUUCUUUUAAUUUAAGGCGUUUCUAUUCCUGCAUUUUAAAAAUAAAUAAUUUUCACUAGAAACUGCUUUAUUUUCGUCUGAAUCUCAGAUAAAACUGUAUUAUGAAAUAGUUAUUUUAAUUUUUAAUAAUCGUAAUAAAGCUUUGUUUGACCCUAUAAACAGACUAGGCUUGCUACAUAAACAUUUUAGCAAUGCAGGAGUUGCAUUUUAAUUUACCUUUAUAAAUAUGUAGUGGCAGGGUGUUGAAAACUUAUACAUAUAAAUUUUAUCUUGUUUAUGGUUUUAUGUCAAAUAGUCAUGCCAGCCUAGUUUGUUAACUAAUAGACUUAGCUCCAUUCAUUUUUUCACAAUAAUAUAAUUUUGAUAACAUGUUUAACCUGGUUGACAACAAGACCAGGCUGAACAAUAUAUAGAAUAUAAUUGUUUGUGAAAACUGAUAAAACAGCAAUAUUUAAUUGUUUACGAAAUUACGUUAUUAGAAGAAUUUUGUUAUGUAGUUGACAGUUUAAUGGGAUAAUCAUUGUAUUACAUCGCUCAAACUUCCAUGUAAUAAUAUUUAAUUCCAUUCCAUAAAGUGCUUAGUCCAUGGCCCUAUAAGAUUAAUUUAUAUAGAUAUACAGAUUCAUAGUAUUUUCAAUGAUGGCCAUGUUAUGUCAAAUUUCGCUUAACACAAAUUAAUUAUAAGUCUGAAUCGAUAUUUAUGCAGAUUAAUAUAAUACAAAAUUGAGUGUAUGUAAAUAAGAUGAAUUAUGAAAAGUUAGAGCUCAUAUUAUGGUUACGAUCUAUGUAUUUAUCAGUGGUAUAUUGAGGUAAUGUUCUUAAGCUGCUAUCAUUCUUCAGGUAUUUUUCGUAGAUAUAGUACAGAAGUAUUAAACAGAUUCUAGAAUGCUGGUCAGAAAGUUUAAAAUAAUUAAUUAUAAAAAUAUUUAUUGUUCUUUCAAAUAUCUAAAAUAUGAAGUAAAGGGUGCCUGAAGUAAUUAGAUAAACUUAAGGCUUUUGGUAGUAAUUAAGAGCAAGGUUAUUAAAUAAAAUAAACUUCGCACGAAUUACGCAUAUUUGCAAAGAUAGCAAAAAUUAAGCAAAGGUAUAUCUACCUGCGUUGAAACAGCAAAUGGAGUUUAUUUUGUUUAUUGAUUCCUACAUUUGGACUUACAUGUACAAUCAAAUUAUUUGGAUACAUAUUUAUAUCAAUUAUAAGGUGCAGUUUUGAUUAUAAUAAUACCUCCAUCUAGAUUUCCUUGUAGUUUUAAACAAACGGUAUAGUCAUGUAAAUAAGUAUUUGAAUGAGUAUAAUUGCAUUUAAUGUAGAUAAAGCUCAUCUUGCAUAUUCCAUUGACUUCUUAUAAACUGUUAUUCUCUGUACUGUUAGGUAUUAAAUAAAUUGUAUAUAAAUAUCGGCUAGUCGUGCGUUAAACUGUUGCCUGAACGCUAAAUAAGUACAUAAUAAAAUUGAAUUGCAACCUUUAAAAUUCAAUACCAUGUACAGAAAUUUUAUUGUAGAUUAGGGUCUUAGUGCCUUUCAGUAAUUAGGAGUACUUAAGAUUGUCCCAAGACGUAUCAUGAUUUAAGACAAAUUAGCGCUCAAUGACACCAAUAGAAGCUGUGAUUUUAUAUGACGAUGUAAUGUUCAAACUCUCGUCUUACACAAAACAGAUAUUCUUCUCUAUCUUUAAACCUUUAAUUUGAUUUCAAUAUUAGUUAUUAUUGAUUGUUCCUUGUAUAUUGUAACGAUUGCAGAAAUAUUUUAUUUAUAGAGAUUGGUAUUUAAUUUUGCCAUUGCCAAGCGUUAUAAUGUUUAAACAUUUCAUCAUGUGAUAUUUCAAUGUUAUCUGUUAAAGUAAUAAAUAAUAAUAUUAAAAUAUUGAUAUGUUGCUAUAAUAAUAAUUACGUGAUGUAUAUUUAAGUUUUUACAUGACACGAAUAAUAACUAAGCGAAGUAGCUAUUUAAUUUCCUAUUUUGUUGGUGUAAAUAUUUUUUAUAAUAGAUACUUUUGUUGUAAUAUGAAAAAUCUGCUAGCUAAGGUUUAUUUCAUUAGCAUUAUCAACAUGAUAAACUUUAGUUUAUUUGACCUCGAUUUAAUUCAUUAUUAAGACUUCAUGAUUAAAAUUUAGACUCAUUUAUUCAUUGUUGCCCAUUUCUUGGAAGAACGUGAUGAAAAUAUAAAGAUAUCGACAAUUUUGAGGGUCAGUCAAGAUAAUAGAAAUGUUACCUUGAUACUUGUUAAAUGGAUAUUUGCACAGCCUCCUCGUACUUGUUUUGUGUAGUGUGUUUAGUGCAUCACACCUGGGCCCCAAUUCAGCUGUUUACAGUGGCCGAUGAAUUAAUGGAAAUAGGAUUAAAAUUACAUUAUUCUUAUUCUCAUAACGCCAUCGGCCUUCAUCGGCUAUUGUAAUUAGCGGAAUUGGUUCCCUGAUUUGUCACCCUUAGUGGAACUGGAUGGUCACUUCGCAAGGCAAUUUGUGACAUGGUGUUUAAACCAUGUCACAAAUUGCCUACUAUGAAACAAACAUGAUCCUUCUAAUACUAUAAACGUGAAACUUUUAUGUAUAGAUAUUUGUUACUCUUAAACGCAUAAAAAUACUGAACGGAUUUAGAAGAAACUAGGUACAUAGAUAGUUUAUAACCUGGUUUAAUUAUAACAACGCCAUUCUGACAAUUUCUAUGUUUAUAAAUUUUGCCAUUCCCUGUUGCCCGCGGGCUUGCCCGCUACAAAUCAGAAAUGAUACCGCGAACAUCUACUUCUGUGUUAAUCCAGGUUAUAAACUGUUUAUCACAUUUUGUCUUAACCCGUUCAGUGGUGUUUGCGUGAAACCAAGGCUCCAUUCAAACAAAGUUUCGCGGUUAUAAUAUUAAGGGUGCUCUACACCCGCUCGCGAUUCUUGCUGUGAAUUCACGCUGCUAUUCGCGCCGUUCCCCGCAUCGAACGGGGUACGGUGCGAAGCGUGCGCGCGAAUCCAUCUACACAAGCAUUUCGCGUCCUUUAGCGCCGCGAGGGUAGAACGUGCUUUAGAAGGAUUUUGUUUAAAUCGUUGUUAACAAUAAAUUUUGUGAUCUUCAUUUACUGGGCCUAAUACCUAUGCUUCAAAAUAAUUAAGGCAUACAUCGUAAUAAUGAAAA